AUGGCUUUCAAUGCAGCGAAAAAUGUUCGAUUGAUGUUGGCUCAAUUGGGAGGAGCUGGAAAGCGAUCAUUUGCUACCUCCACCACUCCAAAACUGAAACCCAUGUCCACAACCAUAGAUGCUACACAUGAUGCUCAUUCCACUUCUAGGUUGAGCACUCUGAAGGCAGAGUUAGCACCGGUGUACAUUGUAUGUGGAAUGGUGGGUGUAGCUUUGACAAUUGCAACACACACUGCUUAUCAACAAUUGGCACGUUCUCCAAAUGUUCAUGUGAGCAAGAAAAGGAGAGAAUCUUUCCCAGAAGCUUAUGAUCCUGAUCGCACUAUUAACUCUGCUGAUAAAUUCAUCAAUGGCUCCUUCUUGAGGAAAAUGGCUCAUGUUCAAGACACCAAGCCUACUGUCCAUGAUCCUGUCCACCCCAAUCCUUUCACCCGUCCUCGAACCGCUGAGACAUUGAAGUCUGUCGGCGUGCAUCCCGGCAGGAAUUGAUCUGCUGUUGAUUCUGUUUUCUCCUUAACAAAUAAUGGUGGCCACAGUUUGUAUAUGACGAUUGCUUCCAUCUUUAAUUUUUGGUAUAUGAAAAUGCAAGAUGUGAAGGUCCAG